AUACAGCUUAUAAUGGAAGUACUAAAACGACAUCGACGAACAGGUGCUAUAUUUAUCUAGCUGUGUAAACUGCACUUUCAGCUUAUGACGCAUCCGUCGUGCGCAACGGAAAAGCAAUUCAUGUAAACGUCAAUUCAUGUAUACUGCACAUACCGCGACACUUACACGCCAUUUAUUUAUACUGGCAGCGGCGAGAGACGUGUCUAGGGCAGUGGUCACAACCUGCGCACGACUGUCCAUCGCCAGGCUCACCCAGCGCGACAGGAAAUGCGACCAAACUUCAGUAUAUCAUGGCCUGGUUGUGGAGUCAUGGUAUUCUGGCAACUGGGUGUUUUGAAGGGCCUAGCUAAACACUUGGAAACGUCUCGAGUACCUAUGCUCGGGAGCUCAAGUGGCGCCCUGGUCACGGCCAUGGCUGCAUGCGGUGUACCGUCCGAGCACGCCGUGGAUGAAAUGGUUCGGCUGCUUUCACAGGAGGGACUCCGACAUCGACGUUUCGGUCUAGUUGGAAUCCUAGGCGACAUUACGCGCACAUGGCUGGACAACUGCCUACCCAGCGACGCAGGCCCCCGGAUGUCCCGCGGCCGCACCACUGUGCUUCUCACCCGCCUGCCACUGCUCACCACCCACCACAUCACCGCAUUCGAGUCUAAACAGGAUGUGCUGGAUGUGGUGAUGGCCUCCGCGCACCUGCCGCUGCUGCUGGAUGGGAGAUGGUGGGUGUGCGCACUGGGGGGGAUGAAGUGAGCCCGUGGUGGGUGUGCGCUUUGAGGGGAGGUUGUUUAAGGGUGUACGGCAAGGGACUGGGAAAGCAUGGCGUCUACGUUGCAGGCAAGAAGGAGGAUCGCAGACAUGCAGGAAUGCGGAAGGGAGCAAGAGGGAAGUAAGCAGGGCUCGCACGCGAUGAUGGACGAAAAGCAUAGCAGGUUCAUUGCCUCGACCCUUCACCACGGCCCCAACCUCGACCCCCUGCAGAAAGCACCCUUCCCAUCUCAUUACUCCCGUCCAGCUUUUCCUAAUCCCCUCCCUGGCCCCCCCUGCAGGUACACCCGCUGCCGGCACAUGCGGGUAAUCGACGGCGGCUUCUGGUGGUGGUGGCGCCGCUGCGAGGGGGCGUACCGGCUGGCAGGGGGAGCGCAGCCGCAGGG